UAGCUAAUAAGCAACCAAACUACACAAUCACGAAGCACAAGAAACGCAAGUGGAGGGAUUCCGUUCUGAAUUCUUAGGGUUUUUUUCUUUCCGAAAUAAUAUUCAACAAGGGUGAACUGAUUUGGUUUGACAUUUUUUCCGGAGGUUAAAUGAGUGGUGUCGUGAUGAACUUAAAGCCCAAGAUCGGCUUCGAGGAAGCGCUGAAGGAUUCGCCUAAUUUCAGGUCUACUCUGGAAGAGUCUGAACAUGGCAUUGCAGACCUCGAAAGCAAACUGGAAAAGAUGGUUAAACUGUGCAACACAAUGGUGGACGCGGGGAAGGCCUACAAUAAUGCAUUCAGUGCUUUCAUCCAAGGAGUGAAGGAGCUAGGGGGUCAUUUCACAGGAGACAACUUAGUCCAGGUGUACUUGAUGAAAUUUAUUCAUGCCCUGUCUGAGCUACAAGGCUUCCGAGCUAUGUUGGACGACCAGGCGCACAGAUCCGUUUCAAGAGCUCUGGGAUUGUUCAUGAAAGAAGAUCUGAAGAAAGUCAAGGAGACGAAGCGAGUCUACGACCGCAUCAGUGAUGAUCUCGACAACGCCCUCCACAAGAACGCCCAGGCACCCAAAGCGAAACCCGGUGGCGGUGACAACGAAGAAGUCAAUAAUGUCUUGACGGCCACCCGCUCAGCUUUCGGCCACACAGCACUAGAUUAUGUCUUUCAGGUCAAAUUGGUACAGUCCAAGGAAAGACACGAAGUACUAAACACGAUGCUUUCAUUCAUGCACUCCCAGUUUACCUUCUUCCAUCAAGGCUUUGACCUCAUGAAAGACCUACAACCCUCUCUCAAAGAACUAGGAACACAGCUGCAGAUUCUCAAUGACCGAGCCAAGGCAGACAAGAAGGACAUGGAGGGGCGCCACCCUUUAGUCCAAAAAAUGGAGUCCCUCUGGAACGUUACCUUCACCCCUUCUGCUGGCCCCAUCACAAUGGAAGGCUACCUGUUCAAGAAGACCAACAAUGCAUUCAAGACAUGGCACCGGCGAUGGUUUACUGUGAAGAAUGACCAACUAGUCUACCAGAAAAGAACGAAGGGUGGGAUAAGCAUCGCGGCCGAAGAUUUGAGACUCUGCAACGUCAAACCGCUGGACGACAUCGAUCGCAGAUUCUGCUUUGAGAUUGUCCUGCCCGGCAAGACUCUGCAGCUACAAGCAGACAAUGAAAGCAUCAGACAAGCCUGGAUCCAGGCCCUACAGGCUGGUAUCAACUCUGCCUAUUGCCUGUCGCCAACACAGCAAUCCAAACCAGAGGACUUUUCAAAUCAAAAUGCCGCCCCUCAUGUCGUCAACGGCUCCACUUCUUCCACUGAACCGAAGAGUCCAAGCUUCAAGGCCAAGAUUCAGUCCCUGCCCGGCAACGAUAAAUGUUGCGACUGCAAAAAUGAGAACCCUACGUGGUGCAGUAUUAAUCUGGGCAUCACGUUGUGCAUCGAAUGCUCAGGCAUACACAGGAGUUUAGGGGUGCACAUAUCCAAAGUACGGUCCCUCACGUUGGACUCCAUGGAGCCGGAAACACUGAAGGUGAUGCUGGAGUUGGGUAACAACCUUGUCAGAAGCAUCUUUGAGGCUAGAGUUGACGAGACGGUUGCAAUGCCUGCCUCUCCUAAUUGCAGCUCAGCGGUCCGCCGGAAAUGGAUCGAAGCCAAGUACAAGGACAAGAGCUUCCUGUCCAAGGUUCCCGGCAGCUUCCGAAGUACCAGUCUCCGUCCCCGGUCCACCAGCCGAAUACGUAGGUGGCGCGUAGCGAAACCAGAAAGCGUGGAUCGUAAUAAACCCCCUGGCACCGUAAGGGCCUGUAGUGUUAAGCAAGAGCCCGGUGGGAGUGCCGGCGCUAGAGAAGAGAAUUUCAACGAUAGUGGCAUUGGAGGAAGCAGAGAUGCGAUUCCAGUCGAGCCCGGCAAAGCAGACGAAGGCAGUGACAGUUCAGACGGAGAGGAACAAGAAGCAGCAAAAACCAAAGAGAUCGCGGAGGAACCGGAAUUCACAGCAACGGAACUGCUCUUUCAGGGUUCGUCGAGUGGUAAUGUGGGGCUGAUGAUGGAUGCCAUUGCCCACGGUGCGGCAGUCAAUGAGAUGGAUAGCAAUGAUGAUAGUCGGACACCUAUGCAUAAGGCUGCCUCAUCGGGAAACCUGGGUGCUUUGGAGUAUCUUUUGUUGAACCGGUCCAAGGUCAACGUGAGUGAUGUCAGUGGUAUCACACCUCUCCAUAUUGCGACAUCUGUCGGCAAUACAGGAAUGGUGUGUCUCUGUUUGAAGCGGGGCGCUGUGCAGACUGCCAAGGAUAAAGAUGGAAUCGAUCCUCUGGCGAUAGCCAUCAAUUCAGCCAAUGCAGAUAUCGUUACUCUACUUCGUCUUGCCAGACUUAAUGAAGAAAUGAAGGAAUCGGAAGGAUUGUGUGGGAACCCAGUGGAAGAUGAUGAAACUUUUCAAGACGUCUUCCGAGACUUCACCAAUCUUGCCUCCAACAACCCCGAGGCGCUGAACCGCAACUUCCAGGAGCCCGACAAGCCCACGUCGCCUGACACCUGAGAUGAUUUCCACAACUCCAAAAGUAACUCCAAAAGUUCUUCAACCCCCAACACUGACGGCUCACUGUUCCUCAAACUUCAGGGUUUUCUAUCAUCGGCGACAGUCCAAGAUAAAUACUGCCCUCUGGUGUUAGUGCACGAACAGGAUGCGUAGACUUUGCACGGUGAAGGAAUUACAAGUCAUGACAACGAUCUUAGGCGCGUCUCAAUUCAUAUCUGGGAUGAGUUCUGGACAAGUUGCGGACAUUGUAUCAGGUAUAAGUUG